AUGAUAUCGGGACGGUUAUCUUUUUUUUGGGUGGGUGGGUGGGAGUGGGGACCUGGAUGGUGUUUGGACAUUGCUGGCAUCUAUUCCAAAGUUACGAGAGAUACCAAGGACUAUGUAGAUUCCUUCUUUCUUUUCUUCGUUUCUUGGACAUUAGAUACCAAAAAUAAAACAUAUAUAUAUAAAAGCACGAUUCAUGUAAAAAGAUGA